AUGCCUGUGAACAAUGCUGCCGUUUUCCUAUUCACUGCAGCAGCGAGGCUACUUCAGGUUCAGGUGGGUUCCGUGGUGGUUAGCCCACAGCUGGUCCGACAGAUCUGUGAGGAGGAGAUCAACGAGGCUUAUCUCGGCCACCUGUCUGAGCUGAACAAGAAGCUCGACCACGUAAAGCAGCAGGAGAUGCAGAAGCUGCCCAGCUGUGCGCAAUCCGCGCCGGAACUGGAGAAGCUUCGCACCAAGGCUGUGGCACGAAUCAAAGACUUCCUGCUGCAGAAGAUCAAUUCACUCAAGAAGCCAAGGACGAACCUGCAAAUAUUGCAGAGAAACGUGCUGGUGCGGUUCAAGUCCAUGACACAGUUUCUCCAAGAGCAUCACAGCGCUGUGGCGGACGAGGUGAAGCUCCACUACGUUGCCACAAUGAGUGCUGUGUACCUGAAGCAGUUUCGCACAUACGUCACAUCCUUGCAGAAGCUUGAACUCGAGUACUCCCCGACAAAGUCCGAUCUCCUGGUCACAAACGAGGGCCAGUCUGGCGCAG